GCCCACACAACACAGCAUCCGAAGCCGCAGUCGGGCACGAAGCACUGGCCCUGCCAGGCGGUGCGCGGGGGCGGCAGCGCACGGCCUAGGAGCACCCAGGCCACUCUGGAGACUGACAUCCUUUUCGGACGCAUGGCCUCUUGCAUAUCCAUCUCUUGUGCCCGCUUUGAGGACUGCACAGACCUCUUCCGCAGCACCCUGCAGCCUGUGGAGAAGAACCUGCGAUGCCAAGCUGGCAAGGCCCAAAUCCAUGAUACCAUUCUAGUGGGUGGUUCCAGCAUCCCUAAGGUGCAGCGGCUACUGCAGGAUUUCUUCAGCAAAGAGCUGAACAAGAGCAUCGAUCCUGAUGAGGCUGUCGCCUGUGGAGCUGCUGUGCAGGCGGCAGCGUUGCUGGGGGACACAUGUGAGAGAGUGCGGGAUCUCCUGCUGCUGGAUGAGGCUGCCCUGUCCCUGGAGCUGGAAACAGCAGACGGAGAGACCACACCAGUCCAGAGGAAUGCCACCAUUCCAACCAGGGACCAGACUCUCACCACCUACUCUGACAACCAGCUCCUGGUCUUGAUCCAGGCAGAUGAAGGUGAGAGGGCCAUGACCAAGGACAACAACCUGCUGGGGCGUGUUGAGCUCAGUGGCAUCCUUCCUGCCCCACGUGGAAUCCCUCCGAUCGAGGUGACCUUUGACACUGAUGCCAGUGGCAUCCUGAGUGUGACAGCCACUGAUGAGAACACGGGCAAGGCUAGCAAGAUCACCAUCACCAGUGACAAGGGCCGGCUGAGAGAGGAAGUGGAGAGAGUGGCUCGUGAAGGUCAGCUGUACCAGGCUGAGGCCCAGAGGGACACGGGGGCUGCCAAAACCCCCCUGGAAGCUCACAUCUUCCAUGUGAAGGGCUCUUUGUGAGAGGAUAGGGAUAAGAUUCCUGAAGAGGACAGGUGCAAAGUGCAAGGCAAAUGUCAAGUCCUUGCCUGGCUGGAGCACAACCAACUGGCAGAGAAGGAGGAAGAUGAGCAUCCGAAGAGGGAACUGCAGCAAAUCUGCUGCCCCAUCUUUUCUGGGCUGUAUGGGCCAUCUAGUGUUCCUGAAGGCAGCAGUUCUAGGGCUUAGGCCCACCAGGAAAGGCCCAGUACUGGCCCCAUCAUUGAGGAGGUCAAUCAAAUGACUGUCUCACUCUUCUCUCAUUGCUGGGACAAAUACCUGACACUCAAAAUUAAG